AUGAAUCCUCCAUUACACGUUGAAGUUGUACAAAAAUCUCAAAGCCGAGCCAGUAAGGAUUAUGUUAAGGAACUUGUUCGUAGUUUCUUAAUGAAUUUUAUAUCCUUGACACCUGGCGUUAUAUUAUCUGGAUCAGAUUUAGAAGACAAUGCCGAGCUGAAAGAGCAUGUUGAUAUGAUAACGUUUUGUGAUAUAGAACACGAUAAUGAAGUUCUAGUGACUGAAACUGAACUAAAGUAUCAUAUCUUUAAACUGGAUGCGUUUGGUGCUGAAACUGACACAAUGACCGAUGCCAGUACAGGGGAAGAGUUUGCUGCAGCUGAUGUUUGGUCAUUGCCCAGUCAAGAGUUCCACGGACUGUGGGAUAGUCUCAUUUAUGAUACCAAAUUAAAAGAGGAUACCGUUCGAUUUGUGGAAACUGCGUUUGAGUUUGCUGAUCGCGGUGUAGACCCUAACAUAAUUGGUUGGAACCGAGUAGUGUUGUUGCAUGGUCCGCCUGGUACUGGAAAAACUAGCUUGUGUCGUGCUCUUGCUCAAAAACUAUCAGUGCGUCUUGCCGAUCGAUUUCCGAGAGCUCGCCUUGUAGAAAUAAAUGCACAUGGCCUAUUUUCCAAGUGGUUUGCAGAAAGUGGGAAGUUAGUAGCAAGAUUGUUCGAGCGGCUUGAUGAGAUCGUCUCCGACCGGAGGCUGUUAGCCUGUGUUCUCGUUGACGAAGUGGAAUCGUUGGCGCACGCGCGUCGCGCCGCCCUCUCAGGCCUUGAGCCGUCCGACUCUAUCCGCGCCGUGAACGCGCUUCUCACUCAACUGGAUCGGCUGCGACGGCGGCCCAACGCGCUCGUGCUGACCACUUCCAACGUGACGGGCGCUAUCGACGUGGCGUUCGUGGAUCGCGCCGAUAUUAAGCGACGCGUGGGCCCUCCGUCGGCACGAGCGGCGUACGAGAUAUUGCGCGGCUGCUGCACGGAGCUGAUGGGGCGCGGUCUGGUGGCGCCGCGCGAGCCCGUGUUCGCGCUGCGCGUGCUGGAGGGCGCGCGCUUCGCCGACAGCGAGCCGGCGCGCGCCAGUCUGCAGCUGUGGGCGGUGGCGCGCGCGGCGGCGGACGCGGCCGUGUCGGGGCGCGCGCUGCGCCGCCUGCCGUUCCUGGCGCGGGCGCUGCACGCGCGCCGGGCGGUGCCCGACCUGCCGAGCUUCGUCAGCGCGUUGGCAGCAGCGCUGCGAGACCACUUGGCCGAUGCCGCUGAUUUAGAUGACGCCACGCCUGUGCCUAUAUAA